CGAUUUAUACAUAUGGAUGCUUAUGUAUGCCUGUGUAAUCUUCCAAUACAAUACAAAGUAAAGUAGACAUAGGAAGAGAGAGAGAUGGGUUGGUUUGUUAAGGAAAGAAGAGGAGGUGCUUGGAAGCGAGGAUGGUUGGAAGAAACACUGUUCUCGUCUUCAGCGCCUCCUCUAACACUACUAACUCUCUUUGCCAUCAUAUCUCUGCUCCUCUUUCUCUCUUCCUACCCACGUUACAGGUGCGAGGUUGAGAAAACCGCAAUGAAUCUCAAGCUCUUUCUCAUGUUCCUCCCAAUUCUUUUUGUCUUUCUGCUGGUCUCUUUGCAGUUCGUCCAUCGAAUUCUCUUCAGAUCCUCUUACUACGUCAGAGCAAACCAGGCUGCGUCCCUUUUUGGAGAAGGCCACUUUCCCUGGGGAGUCUUGCUUAUGCUAGUUCUUUUACUUCUUUUGGUUUCUAAACAAUCUUACUUUCACUCCUUAUGGUACCCGACCUUAUGAUCUUUCCAUCUCGUUUCUUUAUAUUCCAGAAACAUACUUUAUAGAUUGAUAUUUGUUUCUUGUAAUCCACAUCCAACUCUACACAUGUGUUAUGUGCUAACCUAUUUUGAUA